GUCUUUGAAUUUCGAUAAAGUGGUUAAAACAAUAAGUGUUUUUGUGUUCUGAGAAUUUGUAAUAUGACUUGAUACUCCUUGUGAAAGUACGCAAUUUUUAACAAAUCUAUGCCAAAGAUUUUUAGUGCGAUGAAAAGCAACACUGUACGUACAGUACGAACUGAAAUUUUAGUCAACAAUAUCUGACAUUUCCACAAUCUUUUCAUAGCAAAACACACGUGUGAUGUUUCGCAGUUUUUACUUGCACAUUUAGCUAUAUUUUAUUUUGCGGGCAAAUAUAAACUAGAAAAAUGUCUAUUAGAGAAAAAUUACUUAUGAAAAAAAUUAAAAAACGUGAGAAAAUGAAGAAGGUGUUGGCGGAGAAAAAAGGCAAACAUGUUAAAACUCAGGAAGUUGAAGAAGAUGAAAUUGAUGAUUUUAGCGAAGCGCCAGCACCCCCCGCAAAGAAAGUGAAACCUUCGAAAAAAAAUCAGCAGCGACAGAUUGAAGUGGUUAAUUCAGACACGGGUAGUGAAGGAGAAUCUCAUCAGGAUUCUGAUGGUUCAGAGUAUUCUGACGAUGAGGACAUAGAACCUGAACCAAAUUUUGAAAAACAAACAAAGUCAAAGACAAAUAAAAAUGCAAGAAAUGCAACAAGUAAUGAGGCACAGUCUGCCGGCUCAGAUGUGAAUGCAGACCAGGCUCUCGAAAGGCUAGACCCAAAUGAUCGGUCCUUUGCUUCACUCAAGGAUAUUGUUUCUGAGCCCACAUUAAAAGCUAUAGAAGAGAUGGGCUUCACUGAUAUGACGGAAAUACAAGCCAAAUCACUGCCACCACUACUCCAAGGACGUGAUUUAGUUGGUGCUGCCAAGACUGGUUCAGGAAAAACACUCGCUUUCCUUAUACCAGCUGUAGAGUUAAUUUAUAAAUUACGAUUUAUGCCACGUAACGGUACUGGUGUAAUUAUUAUAUCACCAACAAGAGAGUUGUCAAUGCAAACAUUCGGUGUAUUGAAAGAAUUAAUGUCACAUCAUCACCACACUUAUGGUUUAGUAAUGGGUGGCUCAAACCGUCAAGUUGAAAGUGAGAAACUCGGUAAAGGCAUUAAUAUUUUAGUGGCAACACCUGGUCGUCUGUUGGAUCAUUUGCAAAACUCGCCAGAUUUCCUUUAUAAAAAUUUACAAUGUUUGGUUCUGGACGAAGUGGAUCGGAUAUUAGAAAUCGGUUUCGAAGAAGAACUAAAACAGAUUGUUAAUUUAUUGCCAAAACGUCGUCAAACAAUGUUAUUCUCUGCAACUCAAACAGAGAAAAUUGACGCUCUGUCAAAGUUGGCACUAAAAAAAGAGCCAUUCUAUGUUGGUGUGGACGACCAUGAGGAAGUGGCUACCGUUAGUGGAUUGGAACAGGGUUACAUAGUUUGUCCUUCGGAGAAACGAUUAUUAGUACUUUUUACAUUCUUAAAAAAGAAUCGUAAGAAGAAAGUAAUGGUUUUCUUUUCGUCCUGUAUGUCUGUCAAAUAUCAUCAUGAGCUAUUUAAUUACAUAGAUUUGCCUGUCACUUCAAUUCACGGGAAACAAAAGCAAACAAAACGUACCACUACUUUCUUCCAAUUUUGUAAUGCAUCCGAAGGUAUUUUGCUAUGUACAGAUGUGGCAGCACGUGGUUUAGACAUUCCGCAAGUAGAUUGGAUUGUACAGUAUGAUCCGCCAGAUGAUCCAAAGGAAUAUAUUCAUCGUGUUGGUCGUACGGCGCGAGGUACCGGCAGUUCAGGACAUGCAUUGCUGUUGCUGCGUCCCGAAGAGUUAGGUUUUCUGCGCUAUUUAAAAGCAGCCAAAGUGCCACUUAACGAGUUCGAAUUUUCAUGGUCGAAAAUUGCUGAUAUUCAGUUGCAACUUGAAAAACUCAUUUCGAAAAAUUAUUUCCUCAAUCAAUCGGCUAAGGAGGCGUUUAAAGCUUAUGUACGAGCUUAUGAUUCACAUCAAUUGAAAACGAUAUUUGACAUUAACAAUUUGGACUUGCAAGCGGUCGCGAAAAGUUUUGGCUUCUUGGUUCCACCUGUUGUCGACUUGAAAGUCGGAGCUAAACGUAAGCGACCAGAGAAACGUGUUGGCGGUGGUGGAUUCGGUUACUAUAAGCAAAUGAAUGAAGAGAACCCAAAACAACGUAUCUUCAAACAAGUUAAUCGUGACCAAUUAAAGAAGAAUAGGAAUUUUAUGCGGUGAGGGUUCUUGGCUCAAAAAGUGUUAAAGUUAUUUGAAAAUAACAAUUUUAAGUAUACAUUAUAAUGUAAGAAUUGUUUGAGAUGAACAUAAUAACAUAUUUUAAUAUAUAUAAAUAAUUCUUCAAUGUCUUUCUAAAAUAAACGGGUUUGAACACCGAAACACUAA